UCACAGAGAGAACUCAGAGAAGUCACGAACUCCACCCUUCCCUACGCUCUUUCAGCCACGGGCAAGAAGAGGCGUAACCCUAGCAGGCAGGUUACGACCUCAACCGGGUACCUUAGUACCUACCCCAAGUCAUCCUUGGACCCGUUCUCAACCCCAGAACCCGAACAAAUGGAGAGUUAAUAGAUCAUGUAAGAAAUUCAUAUUUUAAGUGACAAUAAACCUUACCAUAUGAUUCUAAAUCAGUGUUAAUAGUUCAAAGAGCCAUACCGCAGAAACCUUAAACGAUCUAUGGUUACUACUUAGAUACCACAAGGAAUCGCCUAAAAUGGCAUCUUUAGGACCAUAUAUAUCAAUCCACUUUUACUAGUAUGGAUGACAAGGGAACCAAUAUUCAUAAUCACCAUGAAAUUUGUAUAGAUAUCCAUAUGGAUGCCCAACAUAUGCCUCAUAAGCAGCAACACCAACACAAUUAUUUAUUUGGAAGUUGAUAUUGACUACAAACUGGUAGAGAGUUAGAAGUUCAACAAUAAUACAAAGCUAAAGUAGCCUGUGAGCUGAGGGAAAGCCCUAAACCCACCCAUAUAUUUAAGACUAUACUGUUUGGAAUGCAUUUAAAUUGUGAUACAGGUCUUGAUUUCAAACCCUUGUCCAGUAGGGGUGAAUAAGAAUAUUUUGCAGCAUAAAGUCAAAGUCAAACAGAACUCAAAUUUAUCAAGUUCUUCCCCUGACAAGAAUGAAACAAGUUCUACUCCCUAAUUAAAAUUAUUAAUUAAGCUUUUAAAAAAAUUAUGAUGACAAUUAGAUUUGAAAUCUAGAACAACAAAAAAUACGAAGUUUAGUCCCUAGCAAUUCUAAUAAGAAUAUUUUUACUUGGACUAUUUUCAAUCCCCAAACCAGAAUAAAAUAGACCAGACUUUUAUAGAAUUAGACCAGACUUCCAUAGUUAUAACAUUGAUAGACACCAAACGUUUACCAUGCCAGAUCAGACCAGUUCAGACCAAACCAAAUCACAUAUACUUAAACACACCAGAUUAGACUGGACCAACAAAUGUUAGUCCAAAUAAAAUCAUCCUAAAGCUUUCCUAGAUUAAAGCAUUGGAUUUAUAUUUCACGCCAUUAACUCCAUAAAAAGGGAAACCCUUGAGUUGUAUAUCACCGGUAAAUCCAGCACACAUCCAAAAUUUUAAAAGAAGAAAAAUGUUCGUUUAUCCUUUUGUUUAGGCAUUCCAUUCCAUACCACCUCGUUCAAAAGAAAAUAGUUUGAAAUGAAUAGACUUGGAUUAAUUCUAUGUUUAUCUAUUUAAUUAUCCAUAUCAUUUCAAGGUUGAUUAAGUCCAGUAGCUUGUAUGCAUGUGCAAUUGUGCCCUGCAUAACAUGUAAAAUGUUAAACAUCGUAAAAUUGGACCAACAUAGUGAAAUUUGAGCAUUAAAGCUAGAGCCGUCAAAAUGGGCCGAAACCCACGGGCUGACCCGUUUAAACCCAUUUAUUGGUGGGUUAGGGUUGAGAAUUCCUGACCCAUUUAGUUCGCGGGUUUCGCGGGUCAACCCAUGCGGGUUGCGGGUUUAAGUGGGUUAGCCCACCGGGUUACGGGUUGGCCCGCGGGCCAAAAUAAAAAAAUAUAGUUUUGAAUUUUAUUAUCUAAAAUAGUGUUCUUUUACUACCAAUAUUAUUAUAAUUACAAUUAAAAAAGUAUUAUUCUUUUAUUUCUAUAAUAAAUAUUCAAAUAAAAUGUUGAAACAUAUAUUUUUGUGAAGUUCGAUACAAUAUUUAACAAUUAGUAGUCAUUAUUUGCAAAUAAUUAAUCAAAAGUUUUAUGUAAAUCUUUAUUUUUAUACAAUGAUUAUUUUUGUCACAUAGCCUCUUAUAGUUUUCAAAUUCUCGUAUAACUAGUAUUUAAUAUUUUUUAAUUAAUUUUAACAAGUAUUGAAUUUUUAGUAUUUUGAAUUCUUAUAUUUCCUUUGUUACUACUUGCUAAUAUAAAUAUAUACUUCCGGGUAAUUAUUAUUUUUUAAAAAAUCGUUUUAUAUUUUUUUUACAUUGGCCCGCGGGCCAACCCGUUUAACCCACGGGUUAGGUGGGUUGGGUUAGGGUUGUAGAAUUUCUGACCCGUCAUUAAAUGGGUUGGCCCGACCCAACCCACAUAAAGCAUAACCCGUUUGUUGAGUUUAAUCCAACACGAUAUAGUAAAUAUAUGUAUGAACACUCAGUUUUUACGUGGAAACCCGAAAGGGAGAAAACCACGGGACUUUUUAGGCCAAUGUCCAAGCCCUCUCAUUCUCAUUAGUCUCUCCUCACCAUUACAUAGUACAAGUAUUGAAGCUCCCAUUAAUGGAGUUUUAAGCUAUUCUAGUGAGAAGGAGGAAGAAGAAAAGAUCCAUAAUUUGGAGGCUAAACUCCCUAUUUAUAGACAAAGGGGAAAGGGUGCUCUCCACCCUAAUGGGCCAAACGGGCCAAUAUUGGGCCUAAUGGGCCGAAAUGGGCCUAUCUGCUCGGGCUCCGUACUGGGUAAUGUCUUGGGCUCCUGAACAGUAAUAGGCCGGGAUAAUAUAUCCCAACACAAGUCCCCCAGUUUCUUGAGUAGUGAGCGUGCGAAUCUGCUCGAGAAAGUAUACUCUUGCCUGCGCUCUUCCUCUGUCUUACUGGAAACUGUGUCUUCACGUAAUCAUCAUAUAUGAGUGAGUGUCUGCACUCUUGAACGUAAUCUACCAGUGAGGCACCCCCCUUCCCGACAGGGUCGGGCGAAGGGUGCUCCUCCACGGGUACACUCCGCCUAAAUGCAUCAGGCGGGAGCAAAGGACUCUGACUCGAGCUUUCCAGUCGGAGAAGCUUAGAGGUCCAUACAUCCACGAACCGACGUCGCGGUACUGUCAAAACAUGAUGCACGUGUGUAUGUAUGAAUGUAUGAGGUAUGAUGCAUGAAUGUAUGUAUGCAUGUAAUGUAUGUAUGUAAUGUAUGAGAGAGGGAAUGCAAGAUGUGAUAGAAGCAGUAGCUCUCAUCGAUAACCCGGGCCUGUCAGCGCCGAGGGGCCAAUCAUGCUGCAUACGACGGGUCCCCCAUCCGAGAUGGCAUGGGCGGAGCCGGGGGUGAACUAGACAUGAUGCCGCCGAGGGGCCAAUCGAGCUGUAUAAGAGAUGUUCGUCGCCAUCCUGGAAGGGAUGGGCGAGCCGAACACGAGCCAGACACGAUGGCUCUGGGGCGCUGAUCGUGCUGCAUAUGAGACGUUCGUCGCCAUCCUGGAGGGGAUGCGUGAUCCGAACGUGAAAGAGACACGAUGGCGCUGAGGGGCCGAUCGUGCUGCAUAAGACGGUCGUCGCCAUCCUGAAGGGAAUGUGCGAGCCGAACCGUGAAGCCAGGUACGAUGGCGCUAAGGGGCCGAUCGCACUGCAUAAGACGUUCGUCGCCAUCCUGGAAGAGAUACGCGAUCCGAACGUGAAAGAGACACGAUGGCGCUGAGGGGCCGAUCGUGCUGCAUAUGAGACGUUCGUCGCCAUCCUGGAGGGAUGCGUGAUCCGAACGUGAAAGAGACACGAUGGCGCUGAGGGGCCGAUCGUGCUGCAUAAGACGGUCGUCGCCAUCCCGGAGGGAAUGUGCGAGCCGAACCGUGAAGCCAGGUACGAUGGCGCUGAGGGGCCGAUCGCACUGCAUAAGACGUUCGUCGCCAUCCUGGAAGAGAUACGCGAUCCGAAUCGUGAAAGAGACACGAUGGCGCUGAGGGGCCGAUCGUGCUGCAUAUGAGACGUUCGUCGCCAUCCUGGAGGGGAUGCGUGAUCCGAACGUGAAAGAGACACGAUGGCGCUGAGGGGCCGAUCGUGCUGCAUAAGACGGUCGUCGCCAUCCCGGAGGGAAUGUGCGAGCCGAACCGUGAAGCCAGGUACGAUGGCGCUGAGGGGCCGAUCGCACUGCAUAAGACGUUCGUCGCCAUCCUGGAGGGAAUGUGCGAGCUGAACGUGAGCUGGGUACGAUGGCGCUGAGGGGCCGAUCGUACUGCAUAAGACGGUCGUCGCCAUCCUGGAGGGAAAUGAGCGAUCCGACCGUGAAUCUGGACACGAUGGCGCUGAGGGGCCGAUCGUGAUGCAUACGACGUUCGUCGCCACCCUGGAAGGGAUGGACGAUCCGAACGUGAGCUGGGUACGAUGGCGCUGAGGGGCCGAUCGUACUGCAUAAAACGGUCGUCGCCAUCCUGGAGGGAAAUGGGCGAUCCGAACCGUGAAUCAGGACACGAUGGCGCUGAGGGGCCGAUCGUGAUGCAUAAGACGUUCGUCGCCACCCUGGAAGGGAUGGACGAGCUGAACGUGAGCUGGGUACGAUGGCGCUGAGGGGCCGAUCGUACUGCAUAAGACGGUCGUCGCCAUCCUGGAGGGAAAUGGGCGAUCCGAACCGUGAAUCAGGACACGAUGGCGCUGAGGGGCCGAUCGUGAUGCAUAAGACGUUCGUCGCCACCCUGGAAGGGAUGGACGAGCUGAACGUGAGCUGGGUACGAUGGCGCUGAGGGGCCGAUCGUACUGCAUAAGACGGUCGUCGCCAUCCUGUAGGGAAAUGGGCGAGUCGAACCGUGAAUCUGGACACGAUGGCGCUGAGUGGCCGAUCGUGAUACAGAAAAAUAGUGAUGAUCAUCUCAUGGCCCUCGGCCUGUCGGUGAGCGAUAAUCGUCUCACGGCCCUCGGCCGUGCUGGUGAUGUGUCAAGUCUCUCUCCUGAUUGGCUGUGAGAAGCCGAUCAUCUGCCAGGACUCCAUCCGGGAGGAAUGGUGAGCCUGAAAUAAAUCUGGGCGAUGUCCCUCCUACCUGAUCUGGGGAGCUGAUCGUCGUUCGUCUACCGUAUCUGUGGUCCUAUGUACAGACCGCUAAGCGGUGUACACUCGGUACGCAACAGACUCCGGUGGAGAACUGGUCCUUCGUGUCUGAUCCAUGGAGCUGGUCUUCGUUCGUCUACCGUAUCCGUGGUCCUAUGUACGGACCGCUAAGCGGUGUACACUCGGUACGCAACAGACUCCGGUGGAGAACUGGUUCUUCGUUCUUCCCAAGUCUCGUGAGUACUGGUCUCCUGGUUUCGCAGGAGACGUUCGUCAUCCCAACUAUGAGAAGAAACAGGUUUAUCCACGUCGGGAUUCCCUAUUCUUCGUUCGUCCCUGUCGUGGUCCUACUAACCUUCUUACUUCGAAGAAGACGUUCGGUCAUCCAACGAUCGCAAGGAGGAACAGGUUUAUCCACGUCGGGAUUCCCUAUUCUUCGUUCGUCCCUGUCGUGGUCCUACUAACCUUCUUACUUCGAAGAAGACGUUCGGUCAUCCAACGAUCGCAAGGAGGAACAGGUUUAUCCACGUCGGGAUUCCCUAUUCUUCGUUCGUCCCUGUCGUGGUCCUACUAAUCUUCUUACUUCGAAGAAGACGUUCGGUCAUCCAACGAUCGCAAGGAGGAACCGGUUUAUCCACGUCGGGAUUCCCUGCUUCGUCGUCCCAUGCUCGUGGCCCUACUAGCCUUCUGCUCUGGCAGAAGGUGUUCGUCGAACCACGGGUCAUGGGAGGAACUGGUUUAUCUUGCCGAGGUUCCCUUUGGUACGUCUAGCCCCCCCCACGUUCCUACUAGCCUCCGCGUCGGGAGACGUUCGUCAUACGCGGCGAAGGAAGAUCAGGCAUACCUCGUCAAGACUCCCUCUCUCAUAGGAGCUUCUCUCUCCCCUUCUCCCCAUCUUUUUUUUUUCUUUCUUUUUUUGUUUUUUUUUUUUUUUUUUGAGGGAGGAAAAUACGUUCGUCGGUUUCCAAGAAAGACCACAAGUGAUGUCACACGUAAUGGUGGUGGGAUACCAAAAUGAAGCGGAUGACGAGGCGAUGGAAAUGCUGGUCGUCAUGCGAAGGCGAUGGUCACCCUCCUGGAGGGGAGGGGUGAGCCCGAUCGCUAACUCAAGAAGGUCGGCACCGGGAGCCGAUAUAUAAUGAUCAUAAUGUCGCUGAGCAGUCGGUCCUGAUAAGGAGAUGACAAUAGUGUCCGAUCAAGCCGAUAUAUCCAAGCAACGGCUCUCAUCCACGCAGCGCGGGGAUGAAACCGGUCUUCAAAAGAUAAAUAUGUCGUGCCGGGAGGCCGAACAUAACAUGAUAGUGUCGGCAGUAAGAGGCCGACCUGAAAGAAUCAAGCAAUGGUCCUCGUCCGCGAGGGGCAGGGACAAGGCCGGUCUUCAAAAGAUAAACACGCCGUGCCGGGAGGCCAGUCGUGAUAUAAUAACAUCGACAAUGAGAGGCCGAUCUGAGAAAACAAGCAACGGCCGUCAUCCGCGCGGAGCGGGGAUGAAACCGGUCUUCAAAUAUGGAAAGAACGCCGAGCCGGGAGGCCGGUCGUGAUAUAACGGUGUCGGCAAUGAGAGGCCGAUAUGAGAAAACAAGCAACGACCGUCAUCCGCGCGGAGCGGGGAUGAAACCGGUCUUCAAAUAUGGAAAGAACGCCGAGCCGGGAGGCCAGUCGUGAUAUAACGGUGUCGGCAAUGAGAGGCCGAUAUGAGAAAACAAGCAACGGUCCUCAUCCGUGCAGUGCGGGGACGAGGCCGGUCUUCAAAUAAGAUAAACACGCCGUGCCAAGAGGCCGGUCGUGAUAUAAUGAUGUCGGCAAUGAGAGGCCGAUCAAGUGUAUCCGUGCAACGGCUCUCAUCCGCGCAGCGCGGGGAUGAUACCGGUCUUCAGGUGAUAAACACGCCGUACUGUGAGGUCGGUCGUGAUGUAAGGAUGGUCCCACGACUCUCGGCCGUAGUGGUCUCCUCUAGGCCACCGGCUCCUGGUGUGGAGAUGCUCGUAUCACGGCUCUCAGCCGUGAUGGUUUCCUCUUGGCCCUCGGCCUCUGGAUGAUGGAUGAUCGUCUCACGGUUCUUCGCCGUGGCAGUUCCCUCUAGACCCUCGGCCUCUAGGUGUUCUUCCUAGGCCAUCGGUCUCUGGGGUGGAGAUGCUCGUCCCACGGUUCUCAACCGUGGUGGUCUCCUCUAGGCCCUCGGCCUCUAGGUGGAGAUGCUCGUCUCACGGUCCUCAGCCGUGAUGGUCUCCUCUUUAGCCGGCCCUGCACGUCUUCAAGACUCGGGCCGAGCGUCUUCUAAUCAUUUCGCUCCAGCGCGCCGAGUGGCUUCAGCUACGCAAUAAGCAUGAUAAUGGGCCACACGGCCCGACAAUAAAUAUGCACACAUAACCAUCUGCAUGGCCUUCUCUCUAACACCCACGAUUACCGGCCUAUGGGUCAUCGUGACCCUCGGCCCGGCUCAUCGUGCGGGAUUAAUGGACGUAGCAGCUCGCGGCGGGGCCAAUUAGCAGCCCGCCGGACGUCACAUAGAAAUAUUCAUCGGUCUGUGAGUUUUCAAACUCAGACCCAAGUUGGUCGCACCGCCCCCGGAAAAACGAGGUUGAGUGCUUUGGUGCCUUCGGGCCCCACAGGCCGCGUUGGCAAUAGUCACUCUGCGCCUGAUGGCGUAGAUGGUACCAGGGUACGAUCGUCGCUCGAGCACUCGGUGUCGUGCGGACUAAUGCGUAACCCCCCAAAUUAAAACGCGUCAUCGGGGCACUACCCUCUGGAGACGCUCAGAUCGCAAAUCAAGCUGAUCGAGAGUGGGCCAUCGGGGCCACAAGAAGUCAAAUACUUAAUAAAAUGUUAGUUGAACUAACCAUCACUUGAGCCUCGCUCAGCAUUAUUUAAUUCGGGACAUUUUAUCCCUAAUAAAUAAUAGUGACAUAACCGGUAAUAGCAAUGAUACUUCCCUAUCAAAGGCCAUUCAAGUAUACUCCGUUCGCUAAUUAAAGCCGAUCAGGAGCGGGCCAACAGGCACACAACAACCAGUCAUUAAAUUUAAAUGACGGUGAAACUAAUUAUCACUUUGAGCAUCGCUCUCACUAUUUAAUUCUGGGACAUUUUAAUCCCUAUUAAAUAAUGGGAUAAUAUACUAGCAAUACUUCGAGUUUUCACUACUAAAGUGUUUAAUUAGCAUAUGAUGGAAUUAAAAUACUUAGCUUUGAAGUCGUGCCCUUUAGCCGAGAAGCAACUAUGGAAGAGUUGUCCAAAUAAUGUUCUGCUUGUUGACUGAGUCAACACACUCCAAAUAAUGUCCUGCUACGUACGGUGACCGCCCAAAAUAAUGCUUGCUGCUCUGUCUUUGUUGCUAAUUCCACUCUUGGAUUUCGGCCUUUGUACGUGGCCUGCUCUCAGCCAAGUGAGGAGCAUCUUGUGGAGAGGCAAAUGAACACCCCACCAAGGAAGGGCAGUAUCGUUCGGCCCCUGAUUGACGGUAGCAAUGGAGCCAUGGCAGCUCAACGGCGGCCAUGGAGGCUUGUCUUCGGCGAGGGAUCAGCCCCGGUCAGAUAUUUGGCUCUCGAGAAAUCCAAGUCGCCAUUAAUGUCGGAAAUCAAGGAAGCUUAGGUUGGCAGCGAGGUGGAUAAGCUAGCCGUGAACGGUGACCGGCGACCUCGUAACGGAGGCAAAAGACCGUAAAUACCGCGAAGAGUGUCGGAAACCAUAGCUCCUGGUUUACUGCAGACGAUGAUAACCAUCUGAGGCGGCACCAGUCACUUUCAAGCUGCCAUAGUGAGGUCCAGUGAGCAGCGACCUUCAGUUGAUGGUGCCGACGUAACAUGGACGGUUACGGCGAUUCCCGGCGGCCCUGGCAGUUUCCGGCAAAGGUUGGGAUGUUCCUGAUGUGAAGAAACCAGAUCUGUAUAUUCUUCUUUUCUCAGAAUCAUUUUUUGUAAAAUUUUUCUUCUUUUUUGGUGAAAUCAGUCCACUUCGUAUGAAUUUUUGUAGAAAAAACUCAAGAACGGUAGAACACACGAAUCUUUUUGGACAGAUUCCCACAGACGGCGCCAGUGUUGAGUUUAAUCCAACACGAUAUAGUAAAUAUAUGUAUGAACACUCAGUUUUUACGUGGAAACCCGAAAGGGAGAAAACCACGGGACUUUUUAGGCUAAUGUCCAAG